CACAAACGGUGACUUACUGUCGUGACACGCUAGUUGGCCUUUACCCUCUCUCCUAUGGUAAACGCGCAGAAGUUGAAAUCCAGCAAUAGAAGACAUCUGCCUUUGCUCUUCAUUUUAAAUCUAUGAUGGCGGCCGUGUUGAGAGGAAGCCUCGUAACAUUGGCCAAGGGUUUAAGUGGUGCCUGGUUGCAGCCACUGUGCGCCCGCUCCCUGAGUUUGACUUCCAGUCAGAAUGUUCUGGAGGCGCCCCCGGCACGUGCUGACAGCACCUUCAAGGUCACCAUGGUACCUGGAGAUGGAGUUGGACCUGAGCUUAUGACUGCGGUCAAAGAGGUUUUCAAGGCAGCUGAUGUUCCGGUGGAAUUUGAGGAGUUUCAUCUGAGUGAGGUGCAGAACAUGGCUAGUGAAGAGAAACUGGAUGAGGUGCUGGCCUCCAUGAAGAACAACAGAGUCGCCAUCAAAGGAAAGAUUCACACUCCCAUGGAGUACAAGGGUGAGCUGGCAUCUUAUGAAAUGAGACUGAGGAGAAAGCUGGACCUGUUUGCCAAUGUGGUUCAUGUGAACAGCCUUCCCGGUUACAGCACCCGUCAUAAUAACCUGGAUCUGGUCAUCAUCCGUGAGCAGACCGAGGGAGAAUACAGCUCUCUGGAGCAUGAGAGCGUUUCAGGAGUGGUUGAGUGCCUGAAGAUCAUCACCAGAGUGAAAUCCCGCCGUAUUGCCAAAUUUGCAUUCGACUAUGCCACCAAGAAGGGCCGUAGCAAAGUAACUGCUGUACACAAAGCAAACAUUAUGAAACUCGGAGAUGGUCUCUUUCUGCAGAGCUGUGCAGAGGUGGCUGAGCUUUACCCCAAGAUUAAAUACGAAAACAUCAUCAUUGAUAACUGUUGCAUGCAGCUUGUGCAGAAUCCAUACCAGUUCGAUGUGCUUGUGAUGCCUAAUCUCUAUGGCAACAUCAUCGAUAACCUGGCAGCAGGGCUAGUGGGCGGAGCAGGUGUAGUUCCAGGGGAGAGUUUUAGCGCUGAAUAUGCUGUGUUUGAGACGGGUGCCAGACAUCCCUUUGCUCAGGCUGUCGGCAGGAAUAUUGCUAACCCCACCGCUAUGCUGCUUAGUGCAUCUAACAUGCUGAGACAUCUCAAUCUUGAGUAUCAUGCAAACAUGGUUUCUGAGGCUGUUAAGAAAGUCAUUAAGCAGGGCAAGGUGAGGACGCGAGACCUAGGGGGUUACUGCACCACUGGUGACUUUGUCCGUGCAGUCGUGGCCAACCUGCGCCAUCAGACUGUUUGAGGAUGCUUGUGUGACCCAAUGUCCAUCCCGGAUCACCCUUUACCUGCUGCUGCUUUUCCAAAUAUGUUCAAAGCCCCUUUUAAAACAGUUUCUUUCACAUUCUUAUUUCUGUUCUCCCCAUAUUUUGAGAUUUUUUUAUUUUUUAUUUUGCUCUCAUUCCCUUUUCUUUUUUUUCUGGCUGGCUACUGAUUUCUGUUUCCUUAUUUUUCUUUAUUCAAAACAUCUAUGUACUUUAUUUUCAUUACUUUUCGUCACAGUGUCCAUACUUACCCAGAAUUAUGUCUGACAUUGUUACAUUUUACUGCCCUGCUGUAUUUUGUCCCACUCCAGUUUUUUUUAGCUGCUAGUCUUAUGUGAAUGUACUGACAGCACCCUGCAUUUUCCAUAUGGCAUCACCUUGCAUUUUUCUGUGUAAUUCCUGCUUUUCUACAACCUCUAUUAAGGGCUGGUCCUCAAUUUUUUUUUUUUAUUCCAGGACCUCAAUACAUAUUAAUUUAUGAUUAUCAACAAGCUGGGGCUAAAGUGCCAGCAGUCUGAUGCUCAAUUGAGGGUUUUUUCUCCCUUGAGAAAUGGAUGUUACUAAUUUAAACAUCACUAAUCAAGUCUGCUGCUGUAAUAAGUCAGAUGUUUAUCAUUUCAUUAAUGCAAAUAUUCUGAUGUCACAUGUCCCGGACAGGAAGUCUGCUCUGUGUCAUUGCUGACUAACUGUUUCUAAGGAAAUUAUGACUGACUCGUAUCAAGAAAAUUGCUGAAUCAAAUGCCAAUUAUUUCUAUAUGUGCCUCUCGGGCAUUUUUAAACUUACAGUGCAUUCAGAAAGUAUUCAGACCCCUUCAUUUUUUUUUUCUUCACAUUUUGUUACGUUGCAGCCUUAUGUAAAAUGCUUUCUUUUUUUCUUUUUUUCACAUCAAUCUACAUUCCAUACCCCAUAAUGACAAAGCAAAAACUAUAUUUUAGAUAACUGAAAAUUUAUUGAAACCGUAAUAUCACAUUGACAAGUAUUUAGACCCUUAAUUCAGUACUUAGUUGAAGCACCAUUGGCAGCAAUUACAGCCUCAAGUCUUUUUGUGUAUGAUGCAACAAGCUUUGCACACCUGGAUUUGGGGAUUUUCUGCCAUUCUUCUCUGCAGGUCCUCUCAAGCUCUGUCAGGUUGGAUGGGGACUGUUGGUGGACAGCCAUUUUCAAGUCUUUCCAGAGAUGUUUUAUUGGAUUCAAGUCCGGGCUCUGGCUGGGCCAUUCAAGGACAUUCUCAGAGCUGUCCCUAAGCCACUCUUGCGUUGUCUUGUCUGUGUGCUUAGGGACAUUGUCCUGUUGGAAGUUGAACCUUCGUCCUGAAUGCUCUGAACCAGGCCUUCAUUAAGGAUAUCUCUUUACUUAGCUGCGUUCAGCUUUCCUUCAACCCUGAACAGUCCCCCAGUUCCUGCUGCUGAAAAACACCCCCACAGCAUGAAGCUACCACCACCAUGCUUCACCGUUGGGAUGGUAUUGCACAGGUGAUGAGCGGUGCCUGGUUUCCUCCAGACAAGAUGCUUGGAAUUGAGGCCAAACAGUUCUAUCUUCAUUUCAACAGACCAGAGAAUCUUGUUUCUCACAGUCUGAGAGUCCUUUAGGUGCUUUUUUGCUUUCUUGCACUGAGGGGAGGCUUCUGUCUGGCCACUCUGCCAUAAAGCCCAGAUCGGUGGAGUGUUGCAGUGAUAGUUGUCCUUCUGCAUGUUUCUCCCAUCUCCACACAUGAUCUCUGGAGCUCAACCAGAGUGACCAUCGGGUUCUUGGUCACCUCUCUUACCAAGGCCCUUCUCCCUCGAUUGCUCAAUUUGGCUGGGCAGCCAGCUCUAGGAAGAGUCCUGGUUGUUCCAAACUUCUUCCAUUUUUAAGAAUUAUGGAGGCCACUGUGCUCUUGGGAACUGCAGUGCAGCCAAAAAAAUUUUGUAGCCUUCCCUAGAUCUGUGCCUCAACACAAUCCUGUCUCUGAGCUCUGCAGGCAGUUCCUUUGAUCUCAUGGCUUGGUUUUUGUUCUCAUAUGAAUUUUCAGCUGUGAGACCUUACGUAGACAGGUGUUUGCCUUUCCAAAUCAUGUCCAGUCAGUUGAAUUUGCCACAGGUGGACUCAAAUCAAAGUGUAGAAACAUCUCAAAUAUGAUCCAGAGAAAUGGGAUGCACCUGAGCUAAAUUUCAAGUGUCAUAGCAAAAGGUCUAUUUAUUUAUUUUUUUAAAUAAAUGUGCAAAGUUAUCAAAUCAGUUUUUUUGCUUUGUCAUAAUGGGGUAUGGAGUGUAGAUUGAUGUCAAAAAAGUUAAAGCAUUUUAGCAUAAGGCUGCAACAAAAAAAAAAAUAUGAAGGGGUCUGAAUACUUUCUGAAUGCACUAUACCACAAUCAUUGUUGUAAUGAUCUCAUGUCAGCAAUAGUUGACAUGUUGUCUUUGUAUUUUUUUAAAAACUUGCCUCCUGCAGUAUUAGAAAUUUCAAUACAUUUCACAGUGAAGUGUUUGGGUUGAGGGGAAACCACACGUUUUUUAUCGGUUUAUUCAUGCCUCUGAUGAAUUGACUAAAUUGACAAAUGUGCAUUUACUCAAUUUAAUAAAUAAAUACAUUUAUAAAACCAAAUGGAUUAAAGAGUGUAACUUUCUAAACAGCAGCUAGUAUUGUUUUGAUUACUUGCAAUGUUUAAAGACCUUUUAUCCUUGUUCAAACAUCUUGCAUUUUUCAUUAACAAAGUGAAUAUGAAGAUAAAAAGCAUCAUAUUUUUGGAGCAUUGUCUUAAAUAAGGAGUGAACAUGUGUGCAGAGUGUGUGGUGAAUGUUUGAAAGCUGUGUAUGUGAGAAACCGAUGGUGAAUAAUGUGUUUAUAAAGUGUGUGCACAUCACAUCCACAGCUGAAACUCAAUAUGAAAUGUAUUGUUCCUUUCUUUU